AUGGGCGUGGUCCCUGUCUCCUACCUGCAAGUGGAAAAUGAUAUGCUGACCACAGAGGGAGAGCCCGAUCAGUUCAGCAACAAGUACAUCCAGCAGACCAAGCCCCUCAUCCUGGAGCACACCAUCAAAUUGUAUCCUAUUAUCAAUUAUACUUUUGGUACAAAAGAGCCCCUCUAUGAGAAAGACAGCUCUGUCUCAUCCAGAUUUCAGCAAAUGAGGGAAGAAUUGGAUAAAAUUGGAAUGAGGAGUAACAUAGAAGGGGAUUCUGAUUGUUUACAAGCACUGGUGUGGCUACUCUAUGUAUUACUGCUACUGCUGGGAGCAACUUUCUUCAAGUUACCUGAUGGUGAACUUAGCCCAGGAAAAGGUGAAGUUGAAGGACUAAAAUGCUUAAUGACUGGGAUACUGAGUCAUCAAGAUGGAGUUCUGAAAGAUGCAAGACUGGGCCAUUGCAUUGGUAACUGGUGGAGACAAUAUCCAUAUAUUCCUGCAUAUAUUACAAAGCCUAAGGAACAUAAGAAGUUGUUUCUGGCUCAACUUCAAGAAAAAGCCUUGUUUGCAAUCUCUAAAAAUUACAAGCUCAUAGCUACACCAUUGUUUGAAUUGUAUAACAAUGCACUAGGGUAUGGACCUAUUGUUUGCAGUCUCCCUCAGCUGUUGAGCAGUUUCAAAUUUAUAUACAAUGGAAUUCCUGUGCAGUGGAGAAGUAAAAGAAGCCAUUUCUGUGAACAUAGCUAUACAGUGUAG